AUGCGAGGUGCUGGCGGCCGUUCGACGAAAUACUCGCCCGACUCUGACGAUGGCGAGCUGUGUACGCGGGCUGCGGCACCACGAGAACCGACCUCGGGCUGGCGGAUAGGAUUGAUAUGGUGCAUCGCCAGUGUGUCGAUGGUGUUCCUGCUCAAUCUGUUUAUCACCAUCUGGGCGGUGAAGACGUUUUCGGUCACCAAUGGACUGGGGGUUGUCUUUGAGGGCCCCUGCGCACAAGUGAAGACGCUGUCGAUAUGGAUUCAUGUCCUGAUCAACGCGCUGGGCACGCUGGCAUUGAGUGGCAGCAACUAUGCGCAGCAGUGCUUGACGAGCCCCACUCGUGAGGAGGUCGAUCGGGCCCAUGCGAAGGGAGAGUGGCUCGACAUCGGCGUGCCGAGCGUCAAGAAUCUGCGGAGAGUCAAGCGGAGCCGGAUGGUGCUGUGGUGGUUCCUCGCAGUCACGUCGGUACCGCUACACUUGUUAUACAACAGUGCCGCGUUCACAACGAUAGCAUCAAACGAUUACUUGGUGGCUGUUAUUCCGGAGAAUACGUUUUCGUCGGAACCUCCAACGAUGAAUUUCACCAGAUCUGAAAUAACAGAAGAUACCUAUUACCCGAACCUAAACAACUACACGCCGCAGUCGUGGGUAGAGUUUCUCGCCCAUGCUCGAAACUGGACGGCGAUCUCGCCUCGAGAAUGCUUCAUCGAGUACGACAAAACAUUCGUCUCCGGAAAAAGAAAUGUCGCCGUGGUAUUACAGGGCAACAGUAACGAAGGGUUCUUGAAUGGCUUUAUCACGUCCCAGCCUUCGCUUUUCCCCCGGCAAUGGCUCUCUGAUCCAGUGGGGUGGAAUGAACAGUAUAUUUACAUGGAUCUUGGAGAAGAUGACAAAAUAAUGGGUGUUGUUCGAUCGGGUGGAGAAUGGAGGGUUCGAAACCUCGAAGGACAGGUCGUUCCGGUCAAGGAAUGCCGUGCCGAAGUCAUGGACGAAGCCUGCAAGCUGCAGUUCUCAGCAUUGAUACUAGCGAUCGUUAUCGUGUGCAAUGCCGUGAAAGUUGUCUGCAUGACCCUCACGCUGUUUGAACGAAACUUCAUCCCGCUGGUCACCCUCGGCGACGCAAUCCAGAGUUUCCUGUUGAAGCCAGAUCCGAAUACUGCUGGGAUCUGCUACGCCGACAAGCAGUACAUCGAGGCCCAGCGGAAGACGGGAAUACCAUGGAAUAGCGGAGAUUUGCGACCGCAGCCGUGGGAACGCCGCCCAUUCCACUGGCGGAAUGCCGUCAGUCUCAGGCGGUGGAUUGUCAGUGUGUUCUGCAUGUGCAUCAGUCUCGCCGCUGUGGCAUAUUUGUUAUGGCUAGCUGUCCGGUCGGAUAUGUCCGUCUACCCUUCCAAUACCUUCAAAGAUAUUUGGGAUCGCGGGUUUGCGCGGGUCAGUUUCGGCUCCAUGGUCUUUGCGUUGGGGUACAAAUUGCCCCUGAUUGGGGCUGUUUUCCUCGCCAACUUGCCUCAGACGAUCCUCUCCUUCCUCUACCUCAUGUACAACGCACUUUUCACGAGCAUGCUGUCGUGCCUCGAAUGGAACAGUUAUGCCAAUUCUCGAAAGCCACUGCGGGUCACCUACCCGCGAGAGGGCCAGCGGAGCUCAUACUAUCUCCAACUGCCGUACCGCUUCGCCCUCACUCUGAUGGUCUUCUCGGGGAUCCUCCACUGGCUCACGUCGCAGGCGAUAUUCCUCGCACGAAUCGAGGUAUACUUUACCAAAAUACCGGGCACACCGGAAUUCGAUGAGAUUGAAACACUCUCCGCGGUGUGCUUCAGCACCAUGGCCAUAAUCUUGGCGCUCGUGAUGGGGGCUCUGACAAUAGUCGUCAUCAUCGUUAUGGGCUUGCGGAAAUACCGCCACGACAUGCCGAUUCCUAGCGGCUGCUCGGCGGCUAUCAGCGCGGCUUGCCAUCCUCCCACCAUGGACGACACCGGCAGGGAAGAGAUCAUUUCGAAGCCGCUGCAGUGGGGAGAUGUCAGUGUCGGCUUCGAGGAGGGCGGAACGGGGCAUCUGGCGUUCUCGGCUUAUCCGGUCGGGAAGCCGAUUGUCGGGAAGGAGUACGCGGGGUCAAGGGCGAGGCGGAAAGCGUUGUGA